AUGGACGAGGUGGAAUAUGAUGUCACCAGGGUUCGGCAGAAGAAGAUCAAGGUGGGCUCCUUCCGCAUCAAUCCUGAUGGGACGCAGGAGAGGAGAAAGAUUCCCUUAGCUCAGUCCGAGGCAUUCCUAACAGACCUUUUGGACAAAGUAUGUGAGCGAAUGAAUGACUACAAACUCGAAGAAGACCCUGUAACGAAGGAGCGAACUUUUAAGAGAUUUGCUCCCAGGAAAGGAGACAAAAUAUAUAAGGAAUUUAAAAAGUUCUAUUUUUAUUCUGAUGCUUACAGACCUUUGAAGUUUGCGUGUGAAACGAUCAUAGAAGAGUAUGAAGAUGAAAUAUUCUCACUUAUCGCCCAGGAGGCAGCCGAUCUAGCUGACAAGCUGUGUAGUGAAAAAUCAGGUCUGUGUGAACUUUCUUCCGCUAACCACCCUGAACUAUAGGUGUGACUGUGAUGCGAGUUACAGAGAGAAGUUAAAUCACCUCCCACCAGGUUAAUCCCUGUCUGCAUGCUGUGUGCUCAUGAUAAGAAAUUAUAUGUUUCUUGUUUAAUUUCAUGUUUGUCUAAUCUGUGUGUUUUUUUUAUUGAAAAUUUGUUCUUUGACAAACUCUUGCUCUUUUUGUAGGUCAAGUUAAGGAGCCCAUAAAACUUUUAAAUUACCUUUGCAGGUUUUGAUAUAAACAGACUUGGUAAUAAAGUAUAUAAUUCCGUAGAAGGAAAGAAAGGCAAAGGCACUGGAUAAUGAAAUAAGGGUUUAAUGAUACAUGCUGAAUAUUCUAUAGCAAAUGUAUAUAUACAUACACAUGUGUAAAGUGGUCUACGUGAUAAGAACUUGAUUUGAUUUUUUAAAUACUUGAUUGGUCAUAGAAUUAAGGAAAUACAUUGCAACAAACCCUGAAUUUGGUCUUUUACUUCAUAUAUAAUUAUGGGUAAAAGAAACCACUUUUUUUUUCAGGAUUUAGACUUAAAUUCCUAGAAAUCAUAAAUUUAAAAGCUCUGAAUCCCUAAGAUGAAGGUGAAUGUGGGGUAAAUAAGGAAAGAAAAGAACAGACACUUUGGAUAGUCAACAAGGAUUAAAUUGGCCUCUAUAGAAAAUACAUUCUGGAGUCCAAUAAUUGAGAAAGGUGAUUUAAUUUUUUCUUUGUUUUACACUACAUCAUGUUUUCUUAGAACAUAGCACCAGUGAUGAUGUUUUGUUUGACUGAAAACUCUUCUGAUACGUUUUCUAAAAGAUUUUUCAGUGCACGUUUAGUGUGUUGAUUUGAUUUCCAGCCUCUUCUAGAUGAGGGUGCCUUCGAGAUGUGGAGCACCCUUUUGGCCACCCUAACGCUGGAGUGUAAUGACAAUUUCACUCGCAGGUAUUUUAUUGUUUCGGUUGAGUUGGAGUUGAGCACAUUAAUUAUUUAAAGGGAACAGACUAAACUCAUAUAAAAAAGAAAACUCACUGUUGUCAGUGAGAAUCUGGCUGCAGGAUUAUGCCCAUUUUGCCUCCAAUGAGCUAAGAAUAAAACUUUUUGCUAUAUAUUAAUUACAUAAUUGCUUAGAAAGCAUGUUAUUUUAACCAUUCUUAAAUUUGUACAAAUUGGCCAAAAUUAAAGGAAAGUGAGUCCUAUUUCCUCCCCCUCACUCUUCACUCUGAUUAAGAGUCAGAUUUGGAAGUUAACGCCACUUAAUUAUUUGAGCAAUGGUCUAUGUGCUUUCUUGGGGCUCCCUGCAGCUAGUUAAGUGGUCUGGGCUCUACAGAGUGUGUAUGACCCAGUCAGCCAAAAGAAAAUGAAAACAUAAUCGGCACGAUUUUCUAGUAGGAUAGUAAAAUUGUUAUUUCCUAUAUCUUUUUAGAAAAUUGUCUAAGAUUACAAUAGCAUUUAAAAUAAUACGUCCCCAACAUCUUGCUAACUUAGCCUUUCUUGGUAAAGACACUCACUACACAGGAGUAUUCUUCCUAAACUAGAGUACAAGAAGAAGGGGGAAACCUUGGGGUAAGAAGUAACCUUCUCUUGACAAUGAGGAUUUGUGGGUGGCUGCAGGCUCACUCUAAUGAGGUCAUUUUCUCCCUCGAAUCGUCACCAAAAAAUUUCCAAUAAAGACUAAUGCUGAUCACAGAAACUACGAAAAUCUCAACUCAUGCAAAAAAAUGCCUAUGACCUAAAGAACAUGGAUAAUUAUGCCUUCUUCCCAUGAAUGGGUGGGUGUUUUUCUUUGAUGGGAAAGAUUUUGCUUUGAAAGGAGAGGACCACAGAUCAGGAUUCUGAUAAUGAUUAUGUUAGGUUUUGCCAAGUAGCGUUUUCUGUUUAUUCUUGGAUGUUCGAGUAAAGAUGGUUUUGGAUCUCA